AUGUCAGUUCAUCAAGGUAAUUUAAUGACGCUUUAUAUCCGUAUUAAAAGCUGUACAGAAGUUGUAGAUAAGAAAGGUAAAACAAAUACAUUUGUUAUGCAAUUCCAAGAAUAUGGAACUCCUAAUAGUGCUAUUUCUUCAAGAUUUCAUGGCGACAAACCAAGAUUUAAGGACGAAAUUCUUGAAAUGCCAGUUAAAAAGUAUGAAAAACACCGUCUUCUUUGCGAUAUAACUACAUGUUCCCAAGAUAAUCCAGUUAUUCUUGCUCAAUUAGUUUUUCAUUUAGCACUUCUUCCAAGAAACAAACAAACGAAGAUUAUUUUUGUUUAUCCAAAGACCAAGUAUGGUGUUCACAUACAAGCUUCCAUCGAAUUCCAUUAUUCAACAAAUGAUUCUGAACCUUUCGAUGUUCCUUUCAAAGAAAUCAAAGCUGAGGAGUUCCAGAGGUCUAUGCAAGAAGGUGUCAAUAUGUCCAACAAUGAUAACAAGAGAUAUACAAUCAAAGCUGCUGCAUAUACUGAUGAAGAUGAAAGAGCUCGUAUUGUGUCCGAAAAAAUCCACAGAGCACGUGAUGAAACUAAUGAAGAACCAGAAGAUGACGUACAGAUCACAAAAUCCAGCGAAUCCAAGAAAAUUGACUCGAAAUCUCCACAAAAAACAUUUGUUGCAGACAUGCCAGUUGCACCAAUGGUUGCUCCACCACCAACAAACGCUCCUUUAUUCGAAAACCAAAGCUAUAGCUCUGUUCAAUACAAAACUCAAACUCAGAUGCCAGUUCCCUCACCUCCUCCAGCUUCUUCACAACUACCACCGAUGGACACAUGGAUUGACCAGCGUCUUACCCCUGUUCCAAAGCCUCCUGCCGAUAGAAUUCAGUAUUUCGCUCAAUUCCAGCAAACAGUCAAAGAUUAUCAGGCCCAAUAUGGACCACAACAUGCCAAACAAUACUACGACCAAUACAUUUCGUACUUCCAAGAUUGUACGAGUUAUUUAACUUAUACAGAAGAGAGAAAGAAGCUUGUUAUCCAAUAUCAGCAGUUACAACAGCAAUCGAUCCAUCCUCCACCACAAUAUAAUACUCUUCCCCCUCAAAAUCCUCGUAUGAAUUAUCCAACUCCUCAGCAACAGCAAUCCAUGCAACAGAUACAAAUGCUACAGCAACAGAUCAACAUGCUGAUAUCACAACAGCAGCAAGCCCAUCAACAACAGCAAUCAAUGCAACAAAUACAACAACUACAGCAACAAGUACAAUUCUUACAGCAGCAACUACAGCAACAAAAUCAGCAGCAACAGCGGCAAUCCAAGCAACAGCAGUUUAUUUCGAAUCCAAUUCCAGUCCAAAACAGCCAGAAUCCACAGCAGAACAUUCAGUACCAACAGCAGUAUCAAUACAACCAACAACCGCCGAUGCAGAAUGUUCAGCAAAAUCAAUAUCAAAGUCAAUAUCAGCAAACACGACAAACAAUGAUUUCUCAGCCACAGAAUCAAUACCAGACACAAUAUACAAUGCAGCAGCAACCACAAUACCAGACCCAGUACCAAUACAACUACAACCAACAGAUGAUGUCAAGUAGUGACUCAAAUCCCCAGUUAAAUUUCGUUCCUCCCCCUCAACAAAAAUUACCAAAUGAAUCUCAACAGUUAUAUUCGAUGCCAGUGAUGCAACAACCACAACAACCUCAAUUACAACAAGUGCAAGUGAUGCCUCCGAACCAACAAAUUCAACCUGAUCAACCACAAUUACAACAAUUACCAGUAAUGCCGCCUCCAAAGCAGCCAACACCACCACAACCACAGCUUGCACCACUCCCUGUCAUGCAGCCUCCUCAACAACAAAAUACAGUCAUACAAAAUCAAGAAAUUCCUCAAUUACCAGUAAUGCAACCACAACAACCAGCUCCACAGCAACCAGUACCACAACAACCACUACCACAACAAACAAUGCCACAACCAGGAGUUAAUCCUCAGAUGCAGACAUUUUCUCAGAAGAACACAACUUCUCCUUAUAACAAACAGAAUAAUCUAGCACAAGAACUUCAACAAAAAGGAUUACCACCUCCUCCAAACAUUACUAUGUUUUAA